UUGCAGAACUUCGAUCUACAGACCCGUCUAUACAGCGAACAGUACCGCAAGUCAAGACAGUCAGCGGAAAAAGAGACCAACCGGCUUCGUUCUCAGCAUGGUGAUGGGUUUAACGCAUCGAAGGAGGUUCUGAAUCGAGUCCCACAUUCGUUUACUGUGCCUGACGGUCGUUGCCACCAUGCUUCUCUGUCAUUGGCACCGCCUCCAAUUCACAGUAUUUGCAGCCUCCGCACACCGCCUCUCCGGGUCUUGUUCCUCAACCACAUUCCCAUUUGCAUACUCGUCUACACAAAGCACGACCAUCACGCGCCAGCUCCGGCAACACUUAUUUGGGUCCCAGGACAGCGGGGACCCGAACGCGAAAGUCCCGGCAGGCGGGACUUCGUUUACCCAGUGGCCCGCGAUCUGCCUUCAGCUGUGGUUCCCUCUGCAGCCUAUCUUCGUAAGCCAUAA